CUGCCAUUUGAUAUCGCACCACAACUCCUGCAACGUCUCCUGUUUCCUCCCUCCCAUCUGUCCCUCCCUCCCUCUUUCCUUCAUCAUCAUUCUCUGGAAGAGUCAUUCACUAUGGAUAUUCUCUAGCGCACUUGAGAAUAGCUGAUUUAGCUUGAUUGUCAACAGCAUUUGCCUGCCGGGAGCAGGAUAUUCGACUGCGCUCCGCGCGACUAAACUCCGGACAAAGGGGAUCGAGAUAGGCAGCACGACACCAUCUUUGCUUGUACGAUUAUAUUGGGUUAUCAUCCAGGAAAGCAAAAUGAGGUUAUCAAAAGCAGCGCGUAUUAUUUUGGUCGGCGCACCCGGCGUUGGGAAGGGCACACAAGCAGAACGGCUCCUUCAGCGAUUUCCCCAACUCUCCGCAAUUAGUUCCGGAGAUCUGCUCCGCGAUAAUGUCAAGAACCAAACUCCGCUCGGUAUCAAAGCCGAAAGCACAAUGAGGUCCGGCGCUCUUGUCCCAGACGCCAUGAUUCUUCGAUUGAUCCUCCACGAACUCAAGACCCGAGGUUGGCUCUUCCCACCCGGUGGCCCUACGCCAAUGACACUCUCUUCAGCAUCCAUGUAUGCGGCUCAAGAAGACUUUGAUACUGAUUCCUUCGUUGAGCAACCAUCUCUUGCAUACAUGAGCGCCCCACCACAAACGUCCGAUGACCCUUCAGCAUCCUUUAUCCUUGAUGGGUUCCCUCGAACAGCGGGCCAAGCUUCGCAACUCGAUAAUCUGAUUCCUAUCAACUUGGUUGUUUCUCUGAAGACUCCGUUUGAGGUUAUAUUGGAAAGAAUUGCAGGAAGAUGGGUCCACGCUCCUUCAGGACGGGUUUACAACACCACCUUCAACGCGCCCAAAGUGCCCGGCAAGGACGAUGUCACCGGCGAGCCAUUGACGAAGCGGUCUGAUGACGAUGAGCAGACAUGGAAGACGAGGUUAAGGAAGUUCGAGGAGACCAGUGAGCCUCUGCUUGAGCAUUAUGACCGGAAAGGCGUUCUAUGGACUGUCGAGGGGAACAGCAGCGAUGAGAUUAGCCCCAAGCUGUAUGAUGAGUUUGAAAGACGGUUUGCUACUGGUGCUUAGAGGAUAGAGAGCGAUUGAUGGGCUUGGCGUUGAUUUUGGGAAUUGGAUUCGGACAGCGGUGAUCUUGUAGCAUAUUUGUAAUUUUGAUUAUGAUCUUCAUCUUCAACUCUACCAUUGUUUCAUUAUGAAAGGCUAGGAGAUGCUUUCUAUAUUUACACUACUCUGUACGGCCAAGUGAAUGUCGGCUCAGCCAAUCGAAUGAUUUGAUAAAGACCAUUGGUCAAUGUAGUUCCAUUGUUCAAGACGUACAAACCAAAGCCAGUGCUUCUAUAAUCCAUUAUGUUCUAGAGUA